AUGGCAGACCAAGCCAGUCCGUCGCUGCAGGUGAUUGUCCUGGGCUCCGGAGGCGGACCGCAAGAGUCCAAUGUCACGGCAUUUCUCGUCCGCUCAAUCGAGCAAGACUGGCGCAAGGGCUCCCUCGUCGCCGUCGACGCUGGCGUGCACCUGUCGGCCAUCACCCGCCUCAUCGAGGAGGCGACGCCGUCACCGACGCCCACGCCUCCCUUCACGCUGACCUCGGGCCCUUUUGCAGGCCUGCGGCUGCCGCAUAGCACAGCGUCGGCCAAUGCCGCCCACGUCACACGGACGCUCGUGGACACGUACCUCAUUACACACCCUCACCUAGACCACAUCUCGGGCUUCGUUAUCAACACCGCGGGGCUGCCGGGCACGCGGCCCAAGAAGCUCGCGGCGCUGCCCAGCACCAUCCAGGCGUUCAAGACGCACAUCUUCAACAACGUCAUUUGGCCCAAUCUGAGCGACGAGAACAACGGCGCGGGCCUGCUCACGUACCUGCGACUGAUGGAGGGUGGCAGCCCCGCGCUCGGCGACGGCGAGGGCAAGGGGUACCUCGAGGUCUGCGAGGGCCUGCAGGUCAAGACGUGGAGCGUCAGCCACGGCCACUGUCUCGAAAAGCACAGCCAUCGCGGGUCGACGGCCUCGAACCCCUCGACGCGGUACGGCAGCCACGAUGCCUCUUCCGGGAACUUCAACUACACGCCGCGGCGGGACACGUACGGCACGCCGCACAUGCAGCAGCCCAUGUCGCGGGCGCACUCGCUUGUGAACCAGAGCUUCACGAGCGGCUCGUCGCCGCGCCAGCCCAACGAGACGGGGGAGCAGGGCGUGUGCGUCUACGAUUCGAGCGCCUACUUCAUCCAGGAGCAGACGACGCGGCGCGAGAUUCUCAUCUUUGGCGACGUCGAGCCCGACAGCGUGUCGCUGAGCCCGCGCAACCUGCACAUCUGGCAGGAGGCGGCGCCCAAGAUUGCCGCGGGCGCCCUGACGGCCGUCUUCAUCGAGUGCAGCUACGACGACGCGCAGGGCAACGACCGCCUCUACGGCCACCUCAAGCCCGUGUUCGUCAUGGAGGAGCUCCGCGCGCUCGCCGCCGAGGUCGACGUCGCGCGGAAGCUGCGCGCGCUGGAGCUGUCCAGGAAGAAGCGCAAGCGCCUGAGCGUCUCCGAGGAAGGUCAGCGCGACCGCAGACGGACCUCGGCGGCGCGCAGCAGCGCUGCUGUAGAGGACCCCGUGUCGCCCAAGUCGCUGAGGCCAAGCCUACGGUCAACGGGGGAUGUGGCGAUGAGGACGACGAGCGAGGGGCCGAGCACGCCGCAUCUUGCGACGCCGACAGAGGAGCUGUCGCUGCACGAUGCGGAUAUUGGGGCGAUGGCUCUGCCACCGGCGGCCGCGUCGGCGCCGUCGCGGCCGCUGAAAGGGCUCAAGGUUGUUAUUAUACACGUCAAGGAGACGUUGUCUGAUGGGCCGGUGCCAGGGGAUGUGAUCCUGGAGCAGCUGCAGGAAUACGAGGAGGAGGCGCAGCUAGGGUGCGAAUUCAUCGUAUCCAAGUCGGGACAGUCGUUUUAUUUGUAG